AUGCUCAGAGCCCAGAAGCAGGGCUUCCCCGCCUUGCACGCAGAGCGGGACGUCUGGUUCUGUAGGUUGCCCGGAACCGAGAUGCGACACUCUAGGUUUCCGCCCGGAAAAAGUAGCCAAACCACCUGAGGACCAGCAACCAUGGCGUGGUCCGGUAAUAAGGCAGCUGUUGUGCUGUGUAUGGAUGUGGGGGUUGCCAUGGGUAACUCCUUUCCUGGUGAAGAAUCCCCAUUUGAACAAGCAAAGAAAGUGAUGACUAUGUUUGUCCAACGACAGGUAUUUUCGGAAAGCAAGGAUGAGAUCGCUUUAGUCCUCUAUGGUACAGACAGCACUGAUAAUGCCCUUGCUGGAGAGGACCAGUACCAGAACAUCACAGUGCACAGACACCUGAUGCUACCAGAUUUUGAUUUAUUGGAAGACAUCGGAAACAAAAUCCAACCAAGUUCUCGACAAGCUGACUUCCUGGACGCCCUGAUUGUGUGCAUGGAUUUGAUUCAGCGUGAAACCAUAGGAAAGAAGUUUGGGAAGAAGCAUAUUGAAGUAUUCACUGACCUCAGCAGCCCGUUCAGCCAAGACCAACUGGACAUUAUAAUUUGUAACUUGAAGAAGUCUGGCAUCUCCCUGCAGUUCUUUCUGCCUUUUCCAAUUGACAAGAAUGGCGAGCCUGGGGAGAGAGGAGACCUUGACUCCAGCUUGGACCACCACGCACCCUUCUUCCCUCAAAAAGGACUUACUGAGCAGCAAAAGGAAGGCAUCCACAUGGUGACAAGGGUGAUGCUGGCUUUAGAAGGCAAAGACGGGCUGGAUGAAAUUUAUUCCUUCAGUGAGAGUCUACGGCAACUGUGUGUCUUUAAGAAGAUUGAGAGGCGUUCCAUGCCCUGGCCCUGCCAACUGACCAUUGGUCCCAACUUGUCUAUAAAGAUUGUAGCCUAUAAAUCUAUUGUACAAGAGAAAUUUAAAAAGAGUUGGAUAGUUGUGGACGCAAGAACUCUGAAGAAGGAAGAUAUUCAAAAAGAGACUGUUUAUUGCCUAAAUGACGAUGAUGAAACUGAAGUUUCCAAAGAGGACACUAUUCAAGGGUUCCGCUAUGGAAGCGAUAUCAUUCCUUUUUCUAAAGUGGAUGAGGAACAAAUGAAAUAUAAAUCAGAAGGGAAGUGCUUCUCUGUCUUGGGAUUUUGUAAAUCUUCUCAGGUUCAUAGAAGAUUCUUCAUGGGAUAUCAAGUUCUAAAGGUCUUUGCAGCAAAGGAUGAUGAGGCGGCAGCUGUUGCGCUUUCCUCCCUCAUUCAUGCUUUGGAUGAAUUAAACAUGGUCGCCAUCGUCCGAUAUGCUUAUGACAAAAGAGCUAAUCCUCAAGUUGGUGUAGCCUUCCCUUACAUUAAGGAUGCCUAUGAGUGUUUAGUUUAUGUGCAGCUGCCGUUCAUGGAAGACUUGCGGCAAUACAUGUUUUCCUCGCUUAAAAACAAUAAGAAAUGCACUCCCACAGAGGCACAACUGAGCGCUAUUGAUGAUCUGAUUGAUUCCAUGAGCUUGGUAAAGAAAAAUGAGGAGGAAGACAUCAUUGAAGACUUGUUUCCAACCUCCAAAAUUCCCAAUCCUGAAUUUCAGCGAUUGUACCAGUGUCUGCUGCACCGAGCCUUACAUCUCCAGGAGCGCCUGCCCCCAAUUCAGCAGCACAUUUUGAAUAUGCUGGAUCCCCCCACUGAGAUGAAAGCAAAAUGUGAGAUUCCACUCUCUAAAGUAAAGACCCUUUUCCCUCUGACAGAAGUCGUCAAGAAAAAGGACCAAGUGACUGCUCAGGACGUUUUCCAAGACAAUCAUGAAGAGGGGCCCGCUGCUAAGAAAUACAAGACUGAGAAAGAAGAAGGUCACAUCAGCAUCUCCAGCCUGGCAGAAGGGAAUGUCACCAAGGUUGGAAGUGUGAAUCCUGUUGAAAACUUCCGUGUUCUACUAAGACAGAAGAUUGCCAGCUUUGAGGAAGCGAGUCUCCAGUUAAUAAGUCGCAUUGAACAGUUUUUGGAUACCAAUGAAACACUGUACUUUAUGAAAAGUAUGGACUGCAUCAAAGCUUUCCGGGAGGAAGCCAUUCAGUUUUCAGAAGAGCAGCGUUUCAACAGUUUCCUGGAAGCCCUUCGAGAGAAAGUGGAAAUUAAACAAUUAAAUCAUUUCUGGGAAAUUGUUGUUCAGGAUGGAGUUACUCUGAUCACCAAAGAUGAAGGCCCAGGAAGCUCUGUCACAGCUGAGGAAGCCACAAAGUUUCUGGCCCCCAAAGACAAAGCAAAAGAAGAUACAACAGGACUUGAAGAAGGUGGUGAUGUGGAUGAUCUACUGGACAUGAUAUAGAUCAUGGAUGUGUGGGGAAUCCGAGAGUGCCAGCUCUGUCUUGCUGAGAGAUCCAGCAGCAUCCCUGAGGCCAUGCAGGGGGACAUGAAGCUCUGAUCACCAUCCUAGCAGACAACUUGGGAGUGAGUCACUCCAGGUCUCUACAUAGUGACCACAAGCACAUAUAUUACAAGGAAUAACUUAGACCCUGUUCAAAUUUAUAAAAAAUCAUUAUUUUCUGAUUGGUAUAUCA